AUGGCGACUGUCAAGCCAUGCUUCCUUGAAAGCAACUUCUCCGGUAACGACUGCAUUGCCUUGUGCUGUCAGAUGCAGCCAUGCUUCCUUGAUUCCUGCAUUGCUCUUUUCUGUUUCUUGGAGAAAUCCUUCUUACCUGCUUUUGAUUCCUGCAUUUUAACUUCUUUUGAUAUGAGUUCUCUUAUUAAGUUGGUCUAUUUUUCAAGACAUGAAGACCAAUCGGUUGAGUAUACGAGGAAGAAAACUGUCAAGGAAAGAUUGGGUAUUUCAAAUGGUAACAGGAGAAGUUAUCCUGUUCUUGGUGGGUGGCUUCACUUUGUGAAGUUUGAAAUAAGCAAACUGAAUGAGUGCUUGGAUUUUAUUUCUUCCAAGCAGCUUCACUGUGGCAGAAUUGAUUCCCAUCAUUGGAAUUCUGAGGCCCCUGCCAACGAAAAUGCAGUUAUCAAGGCCACAGGGGGUUGGGCAUACAAGUUUGCAGGCCUCUUUAAAGAAAGGCUCGGGGUCAGUAUCGAGAAAGAAGAUGAAAUGGAUUGUCUUGUCGCAGGGGAAAAUUUCUUACUUAAGGUCAAAUCUUCAUCAUAAUUUCAUUUU